AUGACGGUAAUAACAUCUCACAUUAAUACAUCCUUUCUAAUCAAUCACAUGCAUCGUACUAUUUCUGCGAUACUCAACAUGGAUGGCGUUGGUAUUUCGAGCAAUUCGGAAAAUAGCGAUGAAAAUACACAUGGAGCAAAGAGCACUCUCAAUGGAAGAGAACUAUGGAGUAGUGGCAGUAAUCUUGCAAUGGAAUCCGAUGUUGAUGCUGAAUUGGAUUAUGAUGAAGAAUUGGAACGAAUUGAAGAACAGUCUGAAGUCACUGCGAUUAAAAACGAAGUGUCAAGUAAUAGCGAAAGAAAUAGGUAUGACGGGGAUUUUGUAAAGCGAAGUACUGUUGGACUUGAUUAUGAUGAAAGCAGCACUCAUAAAGUUAUAGUUGGUACAGGAAAAGAAGUGGAGGAUGAGCUAAGUGAGGAAGGAGAAAUCGAUGACUUGGAAGAGGGCGAGUUAAAAUCUGAUGAAGAUAGUGUUACGGGUUCUAUAUAUUCAAAUGAAAAGUCGACUCGAAGGUCGGUUGGUCAAAACCGUGGAAAAGUUUUGGAACGUACUCCACAUCGUUUAUGGCGCGACAGUUCAGCCCCGGUUGGCAUUUGCAAAUUUUAUCUUCGUGGAACAUGUACAUGGGGACCAGACUGUAAAUAUCUGCAUAUGAAAGAGUCACGACUUGAUGGUUCGGCACCAGUACAAAGUUCGUCAAAUGAAAGUACUUACUCAGAGCGCAUGAAUACUACUGAUAAAGGAAGAACCAAAAGUAAAGAAUUCAACAAACCCGACACCAAUGCACUCACUGUUUAUCCGUCCAGUUCAACAUCGAACGAAAAUGAGAGGUCAAACGGCAAUGAAACACCUUGGGAGAAAGGAUUACGUCAGGCGCGUGAAUUAAUGAUGAGAGCAUCAAAAAAACGCGAAGAAGAGCCUGAUUUUGAUCGUAAACGAUUGGUACUUGCCCCUAGUGGAGAUAUGGAUCGGCCACGAACAACGGAUGAAGAAUCGGACGAUUCUCGUGGACACCGUAAAAUUGGACGUCACCGAACAUCGCGCUCACCGUUGUCUCGAGGCAUUGUAAGAGGACUAAAUGGUUUUGUACGUCCACGUGUUGAUGUUCCUUAUCCGAGGCUUAGGAAAUAUGACAGCCCAGUUAGAACUGACGAUAUCAGUGAUGAUCGUUAUUUUGAGCUAGAACAUCGCGGUAUUUACGAAAGAAAUGAAUUAACAAAACCUCGAAAAAUUCCAUCUUUAAUAGAUACUAUGCUCGAAGGAGGACGUUUUGGAUUUUCAGGAAGAUAUGAUUACGGACGUGAUGAACCUUCUCGAUUACCUCCUAAAGGUUGCUUUUUGCAUUACUUUGCCUUUUCUAGAUUACAGUGCAUCGUUCUAGUACACCUGCUAUUCGUGGAUAUAUGCAUUCAUUUGAGCGGUCCAGCAAUCAAAACAAGGGAUCUUGGACCACAAGUUCUGUACCCAAAUGGAAGACCUACUUCUCGACGUCACGGACCUCCCCCGAGACGUGAAAUCCCUCGUUCACCACUUUCGCGAACACCAAGAAAUUCUCACUCACCCAGUCAACGUCGCUCGCUUUCUCCUGCAGGAAAAAGACGCGGUUCACCACUAUUAGCAGAUAGACGAGAAGCGAAUAGAAAACGAAGCAGUGUUUGUGCUGUGGGUGGUCUUCUUUCUGUUGGUGACCAGAUUCGCGAUCCGUGGGAAAGAUCACAUAAAAAAGGCCGAAGCAAGGAUAGAGAACUGAUAUCUUUAACACUUGGGGCAGAACUUCAAAAAACUAGGCGAACCGGUAAUAACAAAAAGCAAACAUGUCGUCAGGACACUGCUAGCUCAACAAGCAGUGCUUCAAGAAGAAGUGCAAGUGCAGGUUCAUCAGUAACUUCUCGUUCUCGAUCACAUUCACGACCAUCCUCAAGAAACCGUCAUCAGUCAACGUUUCGUCCCUCAUUGGGAUCAGCUGUUGCUUCCAGAAAUCUAAUUGACGAUGAUGGGUCUUUAAGAGCAACAGAUCUUUCUUCUUUCCGCAUUCCAAAAAAGAAGAGGUCUUCUCCAGCGCACCCAGUGCAUCGUUCUAGUACACCUGCUAUUCGUGGAUAUAUGCAUUCGUUUGAGCGGUCCACCAAUCAAAACAAGGGGUAUUCAUCUUCCAGCCUUCUCAAAAGACCCUCUUUAUGUCCGUUGCUUCGCUCUGGAAUUGCGCAGCGAGGGAUAAAAAGAGUGGAAGGAAUUACUGGUCGUACCAAUAGAGCUUAUAAACGCAAUGUUCUGUUCGCAGGAAAAGACGAUAUUUCAAGUGAUGAAAGUUCAUCGAGCACUUCUGGGAGCUCAAGUAGCAGUAGUGAUGAUGCAGAGCCUGCAGCUUAUCGUCUGAAAAAAAAAAUCGAUGAUGGUUUGCCCACUGAAGGAAUACCGCUAUCUCCUGAAGCUGCAGCAGAAGAUGUUUCUAGCGAUGAGGAAGAGAUUCUCUCCGAUACAUCUGUGCAUGAACUAGUUGUACACCAUUCAAAGAAAGUACUGGCUGGAAAUUCACGACCAGUUUCAAGAAAAGCAGUUGCGGAGUGUCACGAGUCAAGGGUCGAUGAUGAUGAUUACGUGGAUAAUGAAGCAGAAAAAGAGGAAAGGCGUGCUGAGUUGCUGCGUCAAUUGAAAUGUGUUGAAGAAGCAAUAGCUCGUAAACGUAGUCGGCCAGUUAUUUGA